AUGGUUCGGUCCCGUUGUAUAAAAUGGUACUUUAAUCAACCUCCUCCUCGGGAUGACAGAUAUCUAAUACUCCUAAAGAUUUGUCAGCAGACGGGCUGGUCUGGGCAACCCAUCAAGACCCACGAUACUGGUGGUGACCCUGCACUCCGAUUAAAACCCGUCGAAGACCACCGACGUCUUCGAAUUACGUUCAACGGCUCAGUUUCCGAUGUUCUACCUUGGAAAUUCACACCUCAGCAACGCGAAGUUCGAGUGCUACCGGGUGAGACAGCUUUGGCAUUCUAUACAGCUACGAACAAGAGCGAUGCAGACAUAAUUGGUGUGGCGACAUACUCGGUGACUCCGGCGCAGGUGGCACCCUACUUCAGCAAGAUUCAAUGCUUCUGCUUCGAAGAACAAAGACUGAACGCAGGAGAGACGGUAGACAUGCCAGUGUUCUUCUUCAUCGACCCCGAAUUCGUCAAAGACCCGACGAUGAGAAAUAUCGAUACCAUCACCUUGAGUUAUACUUUCUUCAAGGCCAGAUAUGACAAGAACGGCGUCCUGACCACCGUUCCUUUGGCGAUGGCGGCUGCUUAG